AUGUCAGAUAGUGUAUCAAAUUCUAAUACACUGGUGGAAAAUCACACAAUUCUAGACGACAAAAAACUGUUCAAUGUAUUAUCUUCGAUAAAAACAACAUCCAAUGAUCAUUGUCAAAAGAUUGAAGAUAUAACAUCAUCUGUUUCCACAGAGCACCAUAUUGCUAAUCAAGAGAACACUUUAGACAAGGUUGAUAUUGAUGAGGAGAUAGAAUCAAAUGAUGAACAUGACUUUUUUCGUUCAUUAGAGAAAAGUGUAUCUCAACAUGUUUACUUUGGUGAAACAUCAUCAGAAGACGAAGACGAAAAUAACAAGUACGAUGUGAGUGAUUUAGAUUUAGUCUCUAAUAACGAUUAUUCAAAUACCGAACUUUGUGAUCGUAUACGUUUAUGUCAAACAUUAUUAACAAAAGAUGAAUCGUCUCGUCGAAAACAACCGAUUGUAAUUGAACGAUGUCCGCCGACAACAGUUCGUGUUGAUAGUAGCGAUUUAAUAACACGUUGUAAAGAUUUUAUACCAUUAUUGACAGAUUCAAAUAAAAAAUUAACAGAGAAAGCAAGUGCUGGUGAAAAUGUGACAAUUGAAUUAGAUGAAGAGGAUAAUGGUCCCGCUAUCGAAAUGGAUCUCAUGUUUUGUCCAUUUGGCGACAAGAAUAAUCAUGAUACAGAUACCUCUUCUUCUGCUUCUUCAGCACCACCAUCGGAUCAUGAAACUAAAUCGAUCGAUCUAGCUAAUAUUGUUAAAAAAAAACGGAAAAAAGGAAGAAACAGAAAGAAGAAACAAAAGAAACGGCCAACUAUUAUUGAAAUAGAACAAAAUGAUGAUAACCAUCAAACAUCAACGGCAAACGUGGAGACUGAAUCUAAAAUACCGUCUGUAACAGAUUGA